UCAAAUGAGAUAAAAGUGCUUAGCACUCUGCCUGGCAAAUAGCAAGUGCUACAUAAAUAUGAGCUGCUAUUAUUCAGUGAUCACUGUAUGAAUCUCAGUGGUUUAUAGUAUAAUUAUAGUUGAUAACAUAGUCACUGGGUUUUUUUUUCCUUUUUGGGCAGUGCCAGCCUCUUCACCUCCCCCACGCUGGGACUUCCUCCAAAUUUCAGAGGGAACUAUUCAUAGUCUAGAUCAAUUCUUCCAGACUCAUUCCAUUGUCCUUGAACUGCUGAACAGCCAAGCAAGGUUCAGGAUGAGUUACCUGGAUGGAGUCCCUUUCAGGGUUUCCAAGAAUUUUAUGGUAGAAUGGGAACCAAUUACAGCCUCCAACUUCUGUGUACCUGACUGCAGAGAGCUCCUGCUUGGAUCUAUGCAUGACUUUUCCCUGGAGAGAAAGGUGCUUUACUGGUUGGAAGCUGCCACAAGACAAGAAAUGACUUGGGAUAACGAGACUCCUGGAAUGGCCACUGCACCUCCAUGUUGGCUCCUUUUGGUAGACUCAUUAGAUACAUCCAGUGUGGCUGAAGCGGAACCACAAGAGGACAGAGAGAAAAACUCCCCGCCACCUGGAAGCUGGAAGUGUAGGGAAGAUGGAUUCACUGAGGAGAAGGAAGAAGAGAAGGAGGAGGAUGGAGGCACUUCUUCAGCCAGCGAGGAUGACAGUAGCCCUAAGGAGACGCCAUCCCCCAGAUCUCCCUCGGCCCCCAGGUCGUUCCUUGAGAAAGGCUCUACUAGUUUCCCAGGGUCACCAAAUCUGGGCCACCGGAGGAGAUCUCUGGACAUGUUCCACAAUAUGAAGCAUGAGUUGGACAGUGUCCGAAGAAAGUUGUCGCUGUUGGUGCCCCCAUUGACUCGAGCUGCUUCCCCCGAACGCAGACUGGCCACCAAGUCCUUGGCUGUCUUCCACCGGUUCAGAAACAACAGGACCAUGACCUCUGCAGCCCCUGUCCUGGACCUGCCUCCUCAGAGUGCUCCAGCAAUACCACCAAGGCCGUCCACCGCCGGCUCCAUCCCUCCCAUCCGGAGUCACAAGCCCACGGUCCCCUCUCUCAGCCCAUACUCCUGCCUCCCGCCCUGUCCUCACACUCCACGACCGCUCAUUUCUGCUAACAACCACUCGGAUUCCACUGCUGACCUGCUGUCUGCCCUGAGUCAGGAGGAGCGGGACCUCAUUGAACCCGUGCUGGCUCUGGGGUACCCCAUGCACAGGGCCAUCCUGGCUCUGCAAAAGACAGGAAGGCAGAGCCUGAGCCAGAUGAGUUAUGGAAUCAAUCAGUUUCUCAGUUACCUCAGUACGUGUGAUCGACUGGUCAAGCAGGGCUACUCGGAGAGCCUGGUGGAGGAAGCCAUGGAAAUGUUUCAGAACUCUGAGAGAAAGGCACUGGAGUUUCUGCAUCUCUGGGAGCAGUUCAGUGACAUGGGCUUCCAACAAGACAGGAUCAAGGAGGUCCUUCUGCUUCAUGAGAAUCACCAGGAGGGUGCUCUGGAGGAGCUCAUGACUCGGGCCCAGUGA